CUGGGAGGGGGAGUACGUAGGGUGAGGGAAGUGGAACCCACCACCCAUGUGCUCUCCUUCUGUCUCCACCAGCUCCUGUUGCUGCCUCCUCAAUCAUUACCACUCUUCUCUCCUCUCCUCUCCUCCCCCAACUCCUCACUCUUCAUUUUACUUCCAAUUCCAUUUCACCACCACCCUUCCACUCUAAACCCUACCCCUCCUCCUCCCAAUUCUCCCUCUCCCUCUUUUUUACUAUGUCCACUUCCGCUGCUGCUGAAGGUGCUAACCCCUCCUCCGCUCCCGGCCCCCUCUCCGAUCCUUCUCAGCGUCACCAUCAGCUGCACCCCUCUCCUACUACCAAUUCCACCUCCUUGCCCCUCAAGAAGCCCCCCGCCAAGGACCGACACAGCAAAGUCGAUGGCCGCGGCCGCCGCAUCCGCAUGCCCCUCAUCUGUGCCGCCAGAGUUUUCCAACUCACUCGCGAGCUAGGCCACAAGUCCGACGGUCAGACCAUUGAGUGGCUCCUUCGCCAGGCUGAGCCUUCCAUUAUAGCUGCCACCGGCACCGGCACUACCCCCGCUUCCUUCUCCACCGUUUCACCCUCUUCUGCCCGCAAUUCCACCUCCUCCAUUUCCGCCGCCCUUGACCACAAACCCCUAUCCAAUUCCCAUUCUCUCCUCGCUCCCACCCCCUUCAUUCUCGGCAAGCGACUACGCUCCGACGACGAUGACCACCACCAACAACUCUCCAACUCCAAGGAUGAUGUCACCGCCGGUUCCCCCACCGUGGGUCCUACCGUCGCCGCUGGAGGCUUCUGGGCUUUGCCUGCCAGGCCAGACUUUGGUCAGGUCUGGAGCUUUGCGGCUCCCCCCCCUGAAAUGAUGGGCGCCGCCGCCGCGGCCCCCUGA